ACCGCCCACCAAGAAAAGAGCCAUUGUUUUCUCUCUUGAUCUCAUCGCACGCUGAUGCGCUCAGGCAUCAUCCUUUGAUCUCGGAAUCCCUAUAUUUCCUCUCAGUUCCUUGCUUUCGAUCCUCUUCCUUCUUGUCAUCCGAUUGCAUCUUCAAAAAUGGCCAAUGCAGCGUCUGGAAUGGCUGUGAACGAUGACUGUAAGCUGAAAUUUUUGGAUUUGAAGGCAAAGAGGACUUAUCGAUUCAUAGUUUAUAAGAUUGAUGAGAAGCAGAAGGAAGUCGUUGUUGAGAAGCUUGGUGAACCUGCUCAAAGUUAUGAGGAUUUCACUGCCAGCCUUCCCUCCGCGGAAUGCCGCUAUGCGAUCUAUGAUUAUGAUUUUGUGACUGAGGAGAACUGCCAGAAAAGCAAGAUCUUCUUCAUUGCUUGGUCCCCUGAUACAGCUAGAGUGAGAAGUAAGAUGCUUUAUGCGAGUUCUAAGGACAGAUUCAAGAGGGAGUUGGAUGGUAUUCAGGUGGAACUGCAAGCCACCGAUCCAACUGAGAUGGGCCUUGAUGUCAUUAGAGGCCGCGCCAAUUGAGUAUGUAUCACCCUGUUUGUGCAUGGAGGUUUUCUCCAUGCUAUAUGGCUGCUUUAGUGGAUUGUUUAUAGUUCUAUGUGAUGGUCCAUUGUUAGAUCCUUAUGGGUUUGUUGUUCAUCUAUUACAAUGUCUUUGGCUUCCUUUAUCCUUGAUUUUGGUAUAUCAUAUGAUCUGGUCUUUUGGAAGAUAUGCGAGGGGUGUUCCUUUGUACCGUGAGGUCUACAAGCUAACGGUAUGUAACAGUUUGUUGAAUUGUCCUAAAGGUGGCUUCUUUUUCAGUUUGUCUUUAAAUUUCGAAUGGUUUCUCUUCUUUUUCAGCGCUCCUGGUUUGUUAUAUUAUUCCAACACUUUUGGU